AUGAGGAUGUCAUGCAAGCGCCAGCGGGUUAUGAUUCGGGAUCGUGCAGGCAGCACAAUCGGCGACCUCUACGACUGGCCGUCGAAGUUGGCAGCCAAGCUUCAUCGCAUACCACGUUUGCGAUAUGGCUGGAAAGCCCACUUGGCCAAUGGCAACUGCAUGGUGAUUUACUCCGACCAUAGCGGGUGUGGCAAUGGAGAGGAAGGCUUGCUUGAUGCCAUCACCGCGCUAAAGGAGCACUUUCACUUUGCAGAGGGCACAGACUCUGCAGACCUGUUGGAACCCGUCGUGCACAGCGUCUGCGACCCGGAUGUUCAUGCAGUACAGGCGCUGUCGGCAACAAGUCGUGCAAAGCAUCUCUUUGGCUAUGUGGAGGACUUUGUGUCCAAAGACAUGAUGUCCGACAUUGCGACUGCCGAGGAGAGAUCUGCCUUCUUGAAAGACAACUUGGCGACGGAAGUCCACCACAACCUGUCCAGCUACUUUCCACUGGACCACAAAGUCUUCUGUCGCUGGAAACAGCAAGAUGUUCCGGCUCUGGCGCCGGAGGCCUGUCUUGCCCGGGCCACAAACCGAAGGUGCUUGGAAAUCCAAGUGAGUGGCACAUGCUGCUACGAUUGGUCGUCGAUGAACCAGAAGGCCCUCAGGUCGCAUGGUCCUUCGCAGGUCUCUUUCUUGUGGUGGAAGGAGGGCCUCAAAGCCCACCAGCCAGACUUGCUCCUGCACGAGAACGUUAUGCGAUUCCACGUGGAGCAUCUCAUGGAUGGGCUCGAAGACUUGUACUCUGCCUUCCAGUUCACCCUUUCACCGCUGGACAUUGGAUGGCCGGUGAGACGGCCAAGGCGCUUCACUGCUUUGGUCCAUCGUCGAUGGCACUGUUCCGCUUCGCAGUCCGACUUCGAGUUUCAUUUCGGUGCUUCUGCGGCCAUGACGGGCAGCGAUCUACUGGCUAUGCCACCGAACAUCGUCGAGGAAUACUUCCGAAACAAACUCCGUCAGAAACUCUGCCACAAAGAAGGCCUUCUCGAAGCAGCUGAUUUCAGACGAGUGCUGACUCCGCGGCAGAGAAAAAUGCUUGAGGAAUUUGAGGAGCUCGCUGCCAAGGACGGGGGCGAGCUGGGCGAGGACUUCUUGGUCGACUUGUCCCAGACCGCCGAGUGGACCACGGUCGCAAACAGUGCCCCGAUCUGGAGCCACAAGCUGCAGCGCACGGCCUUGCCAGCAGAGCACAUGCUGCUGCAAGGCGUCCCGCUGCUAGAGGACAAGAGUCCGUGGAAGCAGUUCGUGCUUGACAAGGCCGUGGAUCCAUGUUUUGACAGCAUGUUUCUGAACUUGUCCGGGAAUGCCAUGCAUCGUGCUGUCAUUGGAACAUGGGCUGCGUAUAUCGUCGGCUCCCUGUCCCCUUGUGCCUCGCCUUCCUCAUUUCGAUUCCGGUCCACGUCAGAGCUGACAAUCACGGGUGACGAGCAGCUUGAGGGGCUUCUUGCAGCUGCUGAUGCCUUCGGCAAUGCAGCUUCCACUGGUCGGAGGGCCAAGUCGAAAGCAAAGGCGAAGGCGAAGGCCUCAGGUGAGGCCCGUGUGCUCGGGGUUCCUGCUCCAAAGAAGGCUCCGGGACGUGAGACGUACCGUGGCCUCAAGUGCAUGAUCUGCCAGUGCGAAGAUUGCACUGGCAAGAAUCCGUAUUGUCAGAAGUGCAAAGCUGACGUGGACAGCUUGGCGAAGACCGCGAAGGACGAUGGGUGGGUCGAGAAAUACGAAGAUGCGAAGCGCAACGAGCGCACCUUCCGGAAAUUGGUCCGGGAUUAUCAGUUGGAGUGCCCGUCGAAAGGCAAAGGCCGCGCCCGUGUGCAGUACUCCAAGUCGAGAGCUCUCGAGAUCAUCGCCAACGAGCAGAUUUCCGACGAGGGCACGCGCAUGGCGAAGAUGGACUGGUUUGACUUUGAGGCCUUCUACUCGCAGAAGAAGCUUUCGCCCGAAGACAUCGAGACAAAAUGGCGGACCCGUCUCGCUGCAGAGGGCGCUUACGACCUGGAAGGCGAGAACAGAGCCUUUCCAGAACGACUGCUCGUGAGGAAGGAGGACUACGUUGACUCCAAGGCUCGCCGCCGCGUCUCCCACCAGCUUGUCAACGAAGCCUCCCCGAAGGUCGCGAAGGAAUCCUUCCUCGAGGACACCGCUGACGACCGACCCGCGAACUUCUUCUCGUCUGAGGCGAACAAGUUCUUUGAAGCGAGACCAAAGCGACGGGGUUCCACAGGCUCCAACGCCUCCGCCGGUUCCCUCUCCAGUGCGCCUGCUGCAGCUGCAGACGAAGAGAACGGAGAGAAAGAGAAACUCGUUGGCGGUGACCUGACAGUGUCGCGGCUGAAGGCCUUCGACGAGACCGGGGAGCAGCUCCAGAAGGCUCUCGAGACCCUUGGCGCCACAAUCGCCAAGGUGGAGAAGGAGGCGCUUGGUUCCGUUGCAAGGGUGAACGAUAUCGACGGCGAGGGUAUCGUGCAAGACUACAAAAGCAUAGUCUGCGAGCGCUUGGUUUUGGCAAAACUAGUUCACGACGACCUGAGCAAGGAUGACAGCUGGAGCCAGCGCGACCUUUUGCUGCAGAACGCGCUCACGGGCCAAGUCUCGCCUGUUCCAAACAAAACCUUGCUCCGGAGCGCGGGCAGCGUUCGAGACUUGCAGAAGCAGCUCAAAAGCAUCACAAGCGCCGAGGAUCUGCCAAAGGCCGCGGAGCAGGUGAAGGGCAUGGUGAGCACAUGGCGUGCCUUGGCACAGUCCGUGACCGUGGCAAUGCAGGAAGCCUCCAAAGCGAUCCGGGAGGUGACGAAGAAGCGGAAGCGCAAGGAAAAGGAGGAGGAGAACAAGCAGAAGAGGGCGGCCGCAGCGGAGGCGAAGGCCCUUGCAAAGCAAGCCCAGCCCAAGGCACCGGCGGCGAAGGGUCCGACAGCGAAUCCUGAUGUUCUGGUCGAGCUCUUCGGCAAGCUCUCGAGCAUUGAGAAGGUGACGGAGGCCAACGGUGACUCCUUCUUCGACGACCUCGGCCCUUCUGUGUCGAGGUGUGUGACGGUCAAUGUCCCCACGCCGGUUGAGAUCGUCGGGCAGCCCUUCUUUGAGGCCCGGCUUGCCAUCUUCAUGAGCCAGUUUCCGGGGAGCUCGGCUGCCUUGAACACCGGAAGGGCGUUCAUGAAGAUCGGGGCAGCGGAGAGCAAGCUUGGCAACUACUACGCAAAGUUGUCGUCGACUUCCCGGCCCGAGAAGUUGGCGGAUGCGCAUAAGGAUUUCAUGGUGCCCGGCUUCGUUGGUCUGGUUGCAAAGAAGACAAGCUUUCAGAUCCUGGAUCUUGCCUCUUUCCGGCACAGCUUCGGCGACAACAAGCUGGACAUCGUCAUGAUGUCGCUGGACAGCUUCUUCGUCACGUGCAAGGACAUUGAUGCAUGA